GCUCCCUUCCCGGGCGGGGGAAUCCGGGCCGGGUUGUGGCCGCGGCCGCGUACGUGAGCGCAGUGUCCCGGAGAGGGAGGGCAGGCCGGCCAGGUGGGCGCGAAGGCGGCGGCGCGGGAGGCGGCGCAGUGCAGGGGCCGCGCCGGUGGCGGGCAGGGCCGCGGCCGCUGCAGGGAGCGGAGCUGUCCGGGCCAGUGGCCGGCCUAGACGGAGCAGAGUAUCCAGCAUGCUGUCCCGACGCCUUGGUAAGCGCUCCCUCUUGGGAGCCCGGGUGUUGGGACCUAGUGCCGCUGAGGUGCCAUCAGGGGCCAGCCUGCCUCUGGAGCCACAGAUAGAAGUGCCGGGAGGAGCCACGUCCCUGUCCUCACUCACCUCGAAGGACCCUGUGUGCCAGGAGCAGCCCAAGGAGCUCCUCAAAGCUCUGGGAACCUCAAGCCAUCCACAGGUGGCCUUUCAGCCUGGACAGAAGGUCUGUGUGUGGUAUGGAGGUCAGGAGUGCAAGGGCCUGGUGGAGCAGCACAGCUGGGCCGAGGACAAGGUGACCGUCCGGCUGCUGGACCAGAAGUUACAGGUUUGCUGUAAAGUGGAAGAAGUGUGGCUGGCGGAGCUGCAGGGUACCACAUCCCAGGUGCCAGCCUACAGACCGGUGUCUAGGAACAUUGACGUCCCGAAGAGGAAGUCGGAUGCGGUGGAGAUGGACGAGAUGAUGGCCGCCAUGGUGCUGACGUCUCUGUCUUGCAGUCCCGUUGUGCAGAGUCCUCCUGGGGCUGAGCCCAUCUUCUCUGUUUCCCGUGCAGCCUGCGGUGACCCGUGGAAGGAGAGCGGUGACGUUUCAGACAGCGGCAGCAGCGGGCACUGGAGCGGGAGCAGUGGCAGCUCCACCCCCUCGCCCCCCCAUCCGCAGGCCAGCCCCAAGUACUUGGGGGAUGCUUUUGGGUCUCCCCAAACUGAUCAUGGCUUUGAGACUGAUCCUGACCCUUUCCUGUUAGACGAACCAGCCCCACGAAAGAGGAAGAACUCUGUGAAGGUGGUGUACAAGUGCCUGUGGCCCAGCUGUGGCAAAGUUCUUCGUUCAAUAGUGGGCAUCAAACGACACGUCAAAGCCCUCCACCUGGGGGACACUGUUGACUCUGAUCAGUUCAAGCGGGAGGAAGACUUUUACUACACAGAGAUGCAGAUGAAAGAAGAAUCUGCUCUGGCUGUGGCUGCUCCCCCUGCCUCUGGGACACCUACGGGCGAGCCAGCGUCCACCUCCAGGGUGACCAGCCCGUCCCUUGCUGCUCUUUCAUUGGCUCCAGCCAAGGUCCAGACGUCUGGCCCAGAACACCCUGGCCUGGAGUCUUCCCUGCCCUCAGUUGCACUCAGCAAGUCAGCUCCUGGCUCCUUCUGGCACAUUCAGGCUGACCAUGCAUACCAGGCUCUGCCAUCCUUCCAGAUCCCUGUCUCCCCCCACAUCUACACCAGCAUCAGCUGGGCUGCUGCCCCUACCACCACCUCCUCCCUCUCUCCGGUCCGGAGCCGCUCUCUCAGCUUCAGCGAGCCCCAGCAGCCGCCAUCCACAGUGAAGUCUCAUCUGAUUGUCACCUCCCCACCCCGUGCUCAGAGCAGCACCAGGAAAACCCGGGGAGAGGCCAAGAAGUGCCGUAAGGUGUAUGGCAUCGAGCAUCGGGAUCAGUGGUGCACAGCCUGCCGGUGGAAGAAGGCCUGCCAGCGCUUCCUGGACUGAGCCUGCCUCCACUAGCCCCGCUCCGCAUCCUGCCUGCAGCCAUCAGCAGAACACAGGGAGAUGAUGUGGCGUGGAUGUGGGCAGCUGGGCUCCAUUGGCUAAGAUAGAACACUUAAAAACACUCUCCCCCCUUGUUGGGAGUGCUUUAUUUUUUAAAAGCAAACCUAAAUGAAACUAUUUUUUCCCCUUAAAAUAGGAGAGAGCCAAAAUUGACCAAGGGUAUUCUGCAGUGAACUGGAGACCAAAGAGUUACCCCUCCCCCUCCCUCCUCCCACCCUCUCUGGGACUACAUACGCAUCAAGAGUAGGGCAGGGUGCCUUGCCCGUUCUUGUGCUGAGCUGGUGAAUCCUUUGCUCUUUCAGCUAUUCCAGAGUGGACUGUGAGCAAAUGAAUUUCUUUCUUUCU